AUGCCGCGUGUCGCCCUCUCCAAGCUCUCGGACAAGAGCUACGGCCCACGCGAUUACAUCCAGGGCAUGAUCAUGUCCCUCAAGGAUUACUCGGCUCAGUCCCAACGCGCGCAGCUCUCACUACAGUCCGAGCCCUUGGACCCCGAGCACAGCGGCGACGACAUCGACGACGACGACGACACCGAACCUAGCCCUGGCCCGGACAGGCGAGUAGCGACAACCUCUUCGGGAUCAACCAGUGUCGAAGUCCACCUUGUCGGGCCAUGGGCCGCCCAAGUCCAGGGCCGGUUCGACAUCGGCCUCAAGGUGCGAUUGAGCCUCCACCGCGCCGCGAUCAGGCACGUCGAGGGCCGGCGAUCCUGCAAGCUGCUCUAUAGCAAUGGAGUCAGCUUUGAUCUUCAUCGCAAAAGUGGCAAUCGCGUCAAGUUCGAUGUACUCGGUAAGCCUCCGCUCACGCGCCUCCCCUCUCUAGCCCCCGCACGUCCUUCGAUCCCCUGUCAACUGACUUUGUGGGGGUUCACGAUCUCUUUUUCGGCCGCCCCAACCAGGUUCAGGUCCGCCGGUAACCGCAGCGGACAGCACCGCUGAAUUCAUUCGAUACCCAGCGCACGAUCAGAUUUCCGCUGGGCCCAGUAGAACGGAGCAAUCAAGCCCAUCCCAACCCCCGACAGCUCAGCAGCAUUCUAAAGAGAAUGCACCACUUCCCGCCGCUGAGUCGCACAAAAGGCCGCAAGAUACCGACGGCGUGUUUCCGACCUCCAAUGAGCAAGGCAGUAAAAGCAAAAAGAACCGAGCAAGUGCACUUGGUACUGCCGUUGCUCCGGCGCACGCAGUGUGCCCGCCUCCACCCAAGAGAAAACCUCGAACCGCCUGGGGGCUCGUCACGACAGGUGUCGAGUAUAGAGCGGAAAGACGAUUCGAAUAUCUCCCCUUCAGCGAAAUCGAACAGUCAAAGAAUCAACGCCACUUGGACGUUAUGGCAAUCGUUCUUAGCGUGUCUUCGAUUGGGAAAACCGAUGGAAAGGGUCAGUUUCUUCGAUCCUGCCACGAGCAGGGACAUUGCGAGCUCCUAUGUUAAGCUUCAUCCUGAUCACCGCCCUCCGCCCCAUUUGUGAUACGGCGCUUUCAGACUACAAAAUCACCCUCGAUCUUAGCACUCCGGACUACGAUCAACCUUUGACCGCCGAGUACUUCGCACCCUCCCCGAACGACGUCGUUAACCCCGAGAUCGGAGACGUCGUCAUUCUUCAGCGCAUGAACGUGCGUCUCGUGGCUGACUGAGUUUGCGAGUUUCUACCUCAUGACUGACCCAUAAUUGAUACGUGCCCCCUCAAAACAAGUGCAGUGGAGCAAAGAUCGUCGACGGUUCAUCGGCUAUUCAGACAAUCACCCCCGUUCCGCGGUUCUGAAAAGGGCCGCUUUGCUUCGGGACUCGAACACCGCCGAGGCUCCCAUCAUGAUCGGAGCGCAGUCUGAAAAGACACUUGCAAUAUAUGGCAAGGCCGAGAUCGACUACGCGAAAGACAUGGUGAGAGCCGAUUGUAGCGCGGCAUCGGCGAAAACGAAUCUGGCAAACUCUCUGCUCGCAACGACUGGUACUACUCUCCUCCCCAGCAUUUCGCGAAAGCCCAAAGCAUCUGGCCGGAAAAUGACCAAGAUUAUGGAUAUGAGACCCGACGUCUUCUGCGAUACUGUUGUCCAGGUGAGUUCUGACGACAUUCCAUCAUUGCCGUCUCGCUGAUAAACUCUGUUCAACGUUUCAAUAAGAUCUUGCGUAUCUACGCCUACGGGAACGAGAACCUCAAAACCUUGGGCCCCAACGAGCCGGUCUCGAUCUAUGUCACCGAUUUCACGGAAAAUGAUCUACUCUACGAUUUCGACGACCAGAUGGAAGACGGUCUUCCCGGUCAAUACGUGCUUCAAGUGUCCAUCUUUGGCUGUCAAGCGCAACCACUGGACCAAUUGAUGAGACCGGGCAUCGGGAAGAAGCCCGGACAGGGCCGCGCCGUGCACCUCGUCAACCUCCGCCCCAAGCUUAAUCCCAACGGCUACCUUGAAGCGACAAUAAUGCCCGAUCGGAAGUACGAACGAAAGCGUGACGUCAUCUUGUUGGGUCCAGGUAGCGCCUCGGAUCCGUGGCUAGUCGAUAUCCACAAGUUUGUCUUUCCAUCUGGAGGUCCAUGCUUAGGAGAUACCGAGCUGAGCCUAGGCGACUCUGUCAUCAUUUGACUCAGACGCCGCCUAGCAUACCAGGCUGCGCAAGCUGCGGCAGAGCCCGUGCUGGCCCCCAUUUUUGUCGCACCCAUCGGCAUACCAUCCGACCGCUCAGCAGCGCCAGCUGAAUCUGCUAGGUCGAGUCACCGUCAAUCAGCUGCUCACGGACCGGAUCGUAAGCCUAUCUUUCCACUUGACGGAAGCAUGAGUUCUACAGCUCACGAAUCUUGCUGACCAUUGUGUGAAUAUGACGGCGUCAAUAGCCGAGCUCACGUACUCAAUGUCGCGCAUGAUCAGCUCCGACCUAGUUGGCGACUUUCGUGUUCGAGCUCGUGUUGUCCACUUUUUCCCCGAGGCGGUCCGUUGGGUCCUAGCCUACUGUGCGGAACCUAGUUGUCGUCGAAAGUAAGGAAGCAGUGGUGUCAAAACCUGUGACCCUCCCUCUCCUCCUCUGUGGCUGACAGACCAGCUGCCUCUUCUUCAACACGCCAGACUACCCGCCAACAAAGACAGCUGCCUCGAACACCCUGGCGCAGCUUUCAAUCUGCGGUAUUUCUUCCACUUCGAGCUCGUAGACGAAUCCUUGCAAGGCAAAACAAUUGCUGUAAAGUUCGAUUCCGACUCUGACUGGGUGAGUCACAUCUGCCCAAGCAAAGUCAAUUGUGUGAUACUCACCUCCGGACCCUUCCCGUCCCUUUUCCCCGCUAGGCCGGUUUUCUUCCGAAUCUGCCCCCUGUCAUGGGCAUGCGCCGGGAUACUUCGACGCAAAGCCUCGAGUUGCGUCAAAGAUUCGAUGAGAUACUCGGCGGUGUGACGUCGCUUCACCACCGAGGCAUUUCCAACGUCCCCGAGCAGAAUUGGGGUCCGCCCACGAAGUGGAUCAUCCACAAGACCGCAAGUGGUGAAUACCUCGUAGGCGAGGGCAUGCGUUUCCAAUGA